CACUGCAUGAUACCAUACGACUACACUUGUCCGUCGCAGCAUCACCCCCAUUCUUGAAGAUGGAUAGUGGAGGAGUUUGCAGUGAAGGUCGAUUUAAGCUCCGUCGCUAGCCUGAAGCGGCCCCUCAGUGGUGCUUUUUGCGAAUUUGCUGGGGUAGCAAACGCCAUCAACGUUCAAUCACCGUCCGACAACCUUCAAUUACAUGUGAACAGCACUGCAGCAGUAUACGGAGGUACAUCCAUCAUGCAUAUCAUCGAGGUUGGCUGCGGAGCGCGGCGCAUCGUGCAGAUACUGGGCCAGGUAAGUUGAUUUCUUUGUGUUCGAAUUGCUUCACUGGCAAAAUAGCUUCAAGACUCUCCUCGACGACCUCACGAAUAGCUAUCAUGGCUCCCGAAAAGAAACAAUUCAUCCUCAAUGCGUUUGUUAUGCAAGCACCAGGACAUCUGAAUCCAGGUCUUUUCAAAUACCCGAACGAUAAAGGUCGAAGCUAUAACGAUGUGAAGCAUUGGAUGUCUCUGGCACAGAAGCUGGAGAAGGCGAAAUUUCAUGCCAUGUUCUUCGCAGAUGUUUUAGGAGGCUACGACGUCUAUAACGGACCUGCGAACCUCGAUGCUACGAUUCCGGCAGCAUCUCAGUUCCCAAUCAACGAUCCUCUUUACAGCGUUCCGGCAAUGGCUGCCGUGACAGAGAGCAUUGGAUUUGGUGUCACGGCUUCGACCACCUACGAAUCUCCAUACGCAAUGGCGAGGAAGUUUUCGACGGUCGAUCAUCUGAGCAAUGGUCGAGUGGCAUGGAACAUCGUCACCUCCUACCUCGAUUCGGCGGCACGAAAUUUUGGGCUCGAUACUCAGAUCGAGCACGACAAACGAUACGAAAUCGCCCACGAAUAUCUAGACGUCACAUACAAAUUAUGGGAAGGUUCUUGGAGAGACGAUGCGGUCACCAACGCGCCGAAGGAUUCAUACGCAGAUUCGAGAGGAGUGAGGCAGAUCAAUCACAAGGGAGAACAUUUCAAUGUGCCUGGACCACAUAUCUGCGAGCCUUCGAGACAGAGAACUCCAUUUCUGUUCCAAGCUGGAACAUCGAGUGCUGGGAGGAAGUUUGCUGCUACCCAUGCUGAAGCUAUCUUCUUGAAUGGUCAUACAGCAGAAUUGGUCAGACCAUCAGUCGACUCAAUACGCGCACAAGCAAAGGAGUUUGGACGAGAUCCUCAAAGCAUAAAGAUCGUUGCUGGCCUGCUGGUAGUCGUUGGUGAAACAGACGAGAAGGCAAAAGAGAAGUAUGAGCUUCUGGCUAGCUAUGGUGAUCGAGAAGGUGCUUUGGCAUUGUUUGGUGGCUGGUCGGGAUAUGACCUCGGGAGAUAUGGAGAUGAUGAGGAUUUCCGCUUUCUGGAUACUGCUCCGCCUGCUGUUAGAAGCAUGGUCAACCAUUGGGCAUCUUCAUCGCCUCAAGGAACCAAGUGGAACAAGAAGACCAUUGCAGAACAUCUCAUCAUUGGGGGCAAUGGCGCAAAGAUCAUUGGCAGUGCAAAAACGUGUGCUGAUGAAUUGGAAAGAUGGAUGGAAGUUGCAGACGUCGAUGGGUUUAAUCUCAGCUACGCGAGUAUACCCGAGACAUUUGAUGAUAUCAUAGAAUUCUUGAUUCCGGAGUUGAGACGGAGAGGCCUCUUUCAUGAGGACUACGCUGUUCCUGGUGGGACACUCAGAGAGAAUUAUCUUGGUGCCAAAGGAAGGUCGAGGCUAGAUGAAACACAUCCUGGAGCUAAGUACUUCUGGAAGGCUGGCGAAGAUGUACCUGCAUAUGCACGAGUGGAAGCCAAAGUCAAUGGCUCUGACGGUGCCAAUGGCCAUGAUACCAACGGCAAGUCCAAGAAGAGACGGCUUGAGUAGUGUUGCUAGCCUCGACAGAGGAGACUUCUUGAGCUUAAGCCAUGACCCUCUAAUGCUCGAAUCUCCCAAUGUCGAUCCACGUGAUCCACAAUCUGUGCUUCUCAACUGUUCUGGCCUUUCUGAUCGCCCUCCUAUCCACUAUUGAUAGUCUUCUGUACUCAAUGCUCGUCAAUUUAUCACGUGGGAAAUGUCCCCUUC